AAAUAAGCUAUGCAUAACCCGUGCGCAAAAAUGCUGUAGACAGUUGUAAUGAAUGGACUGAAUGGCUUCAUCUUCUUCAUUAAGAAUAAGCGUGCAUCUAUUUAUAAUUUGGCAUGAACUUUAUGUUCAGGACAUAUUUUGCAUCCAAAAAAAUAGGGUCUUAAACCAUUUUUUUUCAAUGUGUUGUCAAUCAAUGAGGUUUUAAUGAACCAGUGGUAUUUUUGUUCCAAUUUUAUAAAGCCUAAGAAUGCCCUAUUUAUGAUAUUUACUUUUCGCGCGGAAACGCUUGGCGCCAUGCUGUUUCGGUUCGUGACGUCACUCUGACACGUAAACAAUACGACUGCGAAAUACUGAGACAAGAAUUGUGUAAAUAAUGAGUUCUAAUGUGUAUCAUUGGUGUCUUGUGCCUGAAUGCACGAAUACAAGUAUAAAAACGUCACAAAAAUUGUGGAUUCAAUUGCCAAGUGAUAUCAAAAUGAGAUACACUUGGUUAAAACUGGCAGGAAGAGAUCCAAAAUUACUGUCCACCAAGACGAGACUGUAUUUCUGUGAAGACCACUUUGAUCUGGAAAAUGAUAUGGUAAAUUAUACAGAGUAUAAGUUAAUGGGUUCUGUUAAACGAGUUCGAAUGAAACCAAAUUGCGUACCAUCGAGAUUUGACUGCCAAACAGACAGGAAACACAAGUGCACAAGUGAACCUCGUUAUGCCUUUGUUAAAAGGCAAAGAAUAUCUACAAUUAGUGAGAAGACCAUACAAAAUGAGAAAUAUGACAUAUUAUCAUUAUUACCGUCUUGCAGUCAAGGUAUUUUUUAAAAAUUUUGUUUAGGUACUGUAAAGUUU